AGCUUUGCUUCACACGGCCCUUUCUCCGUGUCCCCUACAUCUGGCGCACGGCUGUGCGGUUGCGCGUGGUUUUCCGUGGUGCGGUGCAGUGCUUCCCGCGACUCGGAGCAUUCUUCCGGGGCCACUCAGACUGCACACGACGUGGACUCGGCCCAGCGCUAAAUUUCCUCGACCCAAAGCCAGUGGACGUGUAGGUGACAGCAGCCCCGGAGGUCGCCGAAGUCGGGGGCACCAUGGAGGAGCCCCCUGUGCGGGAGGAGGAGGACGGAGAGGACGACGAAGGCGCCCUGGCCAAGAGUCCCCUGCAGCUGACCACCGACGACGUGUACGACAUCUCCUACGAGGUGGGCCGCGAGCUGAUGGCCCUGGGCAGCGACCCCCGCAUCACCCGGCUGCAAUUUAAGAUCGUGCGCGUGAUGGAGAUGCUGGAGGCGUUGGUGAACGAGGGCAGUCUGGUGGCCGAGGAGCUGAGGAUGGAGAGGGACAACCUCAGGCAGGAGGUGGAGGGUCUGCGGAGAGCCGGUGUGUCCGGAGGUCAGGUGAACCUGGGACCAGACAAAAUGGUAGUAGAUCUGACCGACCCCAACCGGCCCCGCUUCACUCUGCAGGAGCUGAAGGACGUGUUGCAGGAGCGCAACAAGCUCAAGUCUCAGCUGCUGCUGGUGCAGGAGGAACUGCAGUGCUACAGGAGUGGCCUGCUUCCACCCAGAGAUGCUCCAGGAGGAAGAAGAGAGAAGGAUGCUGUGGUCACCAUGGGCAACAGUGAGAAGGAAGAAAGGACCAUCAUGAAGAAGCUGUUCUUUUUCCGGUCAGGGAAGCAUACCUAGAUUGAAGGCCAUGGCCAAGGUGGUGACCCUCUGACUCGAGAAGACAAUUGCCUAGCUGUCUUCUGGAACUGUCUUUCUGUGACAUGUAUCUGCUCUGGGCUGGCUCAGAGUAGUCAAAAGAGGAUGUCCUCAGCGCUCACCUGCUCACUGGGGACAGCCCUGGACAGCCACCAUGCCAGGGCAGGCAAGACACCAAGAACUCCGGAAAGGAGCACAGAGCAUGGCCACAUCCAGCCUCCACACAGAGAGGCCCCUGGCCUGCAGCCUGUUCCGGCCGCUCAGAUACUCUGCUCACUAACGUGUAAGAGACACAGAAAAGUGGGAAAAUAUGGAAUUGACUUCGCUGAUACUUGAUUUUUCUCAUACAACUUUUUAUGCCUUUUGUAUUAAAGUAAAAUGACCUUUAUACUUUC